UCAAUGUUGGUGGACGGGGACUGACAGCGGGCUGCCGGCACACACGGCGACGAAUGGCCGACAGGAGCGGUAACGGUGCGUGUGUUUCUUCAGUGUCGGGCACGCAGCCAAGCAGCACGCUCGCUCGCCGACGCGUGUUUCCCUCCGUGCGAAGGGGUGGAUUUCUCUGUUCCUGUCAUCGUUCCACUGUCAACGACGAUAACGCGCACUGCCAGUCAGCCGGGUCCCAUCGGCAAGAUUGAAAUUCGUGGUAGAAAGUGUGCCCCGCCGCGGAACGAAUAUCGGGAGCAUCCAGAACGGCCGAUUCCUCAGCCAGAACGAAGAUUACCGAGCGACAUUCCUAUCUACAAUAUCGAAGUUCAAAGUGGAGUGAAGCGUGCGCCUCGCGAAUUGAAUAUCCGAAGGAAUAUAUUUUCGGCCCGGUGUUUCCGUCGCGAUCCCUCUUCGCCUCGUGUCACGCAGUUUUCAAGGGAACCUUCGAAGUCACCCUUCGAAGUAAGAAAUUCGAAAAUACGAAUGUGUAACGUUGGUCCCCGAGUGGAUAGGAAUUCCCCGAAAUUUCAGUGUACACUGGAGCAACGGAUCCUCACAAUGAAUGAUCAGUUGUUAAUCGUUUAUCGGUGCGCGUCGCAAGCAAACGGCUAUCAGGGACUUCGUUUUCCAGCGAUCCGUCGCUGGGGACGUUGAAAACGGGAUUUCGCGGUGGACGUUCGGGAUGUCCUCUGCCGGCGACCGGCUGUCGAAGAGAUAGCGGACGCGGGAUGCUUGCUGAUACAAUGACAUUGGUCGGAAGAGUGGAGGAACACCGGCGCAUGUUGGUCGACAGCGGCUGAUAGCGAGGGAAUUGGAUUAGAGAAACGUGAUCGCGACCGGCCGAUUAAUCGAUCUGUGCCUUCGCGAGCUUACCCCGCGUGCAACCGCGAAGAGGAGAAACACGUCCCGCGGGAAUUUUAGAGCCCGGGAAAGAUCCUGCGGCUGAUUCUUGCGGUUUCUUAUUUUUCGAGAGUGAUCCGUCGAAGAGGAUAAUCGGUAAUUUAUCGCUUUUGAUGGAAUGAAUGUGGAGAGGAUUGGAUUAAGGUAUUUUCUUUAAGAGGAUCGUCGAAGAUUCUGAAGACAUAUCGUAACGAAACGCUGAUUCGUUCGCCGCCGACUUUCGGAGAGACUGAAAUGUUACAGAAGGCUGAAAUCUUGUUAUACAGGAGAGAUUCUUAAGACUCGCAGACUUCUGUUCGGAGGUUGGAAAUAUAAUUAUCUGCUUAAAAUCUCCCGAACGCUGGUAUCCCGUUCGAUGAUCUAUUUUAGACAAGCGCGUGUCGUUCCGGAAAUAAAAGGAAAAUCGAGGCUUCGUUUCUAAGUGGGUCGUCGCAGAGAGAAAGUAAGCAUGUUAAAAGACUGUUCGAAGACACUUUUGAAAAUUCAUUACACUUAAUUUGAUCAUUGAUUUGAUCAACAAAGGCGAGAAUAAUAAUGAAAGUUCUCGCAAGUUUGUGCGAGUGUUCUAGUUUGUAAAAAUACGUUCAGACUGACAGGCUACCUCAAGGAAGCUACUGAAAACGAUCAAACACGGAGAAUUCGAGAAACAUCGGAGUGAAUACAAUGAAACACGUGUAAACCUUCUUGAAAGUUAACAUACAAGAUCUGGUUUAUUCUCCACAAACUUUCAUCAAAACAUCGAAGACUCGAGGAAGGAUCAUUUCAAACAUUCGAAUUUCUCGAAACCGUAUCAAACCUUUAAGAUCACAGAUCCAUUCCGAUCGGCUCGCUGAUCAGUUCCAGAACUUGGAAAUCUGUUUCCUUUUCACAACUUUUAUCUACACGUCAAAUCGAAGAUUCGAAGGAGGAUCUCUUCAAACGUCGUAAACCAAAGACUGUUCUAAUCGGAUCGUUGAUCUUUUCAAUGGCCUGAAAACCACUCGUUACAGCUUCGAUCUAAACCCCAAACCGAGGAUUCAAGAUAGGAUCUCUUCACAGACCAAAGACUGUUUCGAUCGAAUUGCUGAUCUACUAGAGAGCUUUGAAAUCAAUUUACUCGUCGCAACUUCUAACUCUUCCAACUUUGCAAAUCAGAGAUCUAUUCCCCUCGGAUCGAUAAUCUGUACUACAACUCGGAGACCGGUCUGCCUCCGAAAAUAAAGGUGAAAAGCCGCGCGGAUGAUUCGGAAACCAGCGGUACGAAAGACAAAAAGCGCGCGGGAGGAGUGCCUCGAGGUGGCCGAGAAUCGAACGCGCCCUGGAUACUAUUCUAAUCCGCGUCCUUGAGGAACGAGUAGGCCGACCGGCGUUGUCUAGAAGCCUGGAACUUGGCCGUGGCCGAUUGAUCGCCCGGCAGGGUCUCUUCGCUGUACCAACAAACCGAGCAGAGGGAACCUGAGGAUACCAGGAACCGUCGGCCACGAGCCGAAAAUAAAAAGACCGGUGAUUUUCAUCGACAAAAUAAUCGCCUCUCUCUUCAGUCUUCCGAGGAUUAUCCGACCCGGUGGCCGUACGCGCAGCGACCCUUCGGGACUUGACCGAAUAAAUCAACCGGGGCCAUUCUAAAAAAAAAGAAAAGUUUUCCGCGUCACUCGGCGUUCUUGAAGAAACCAGGGAGCAGGGACGACGACCUGGUCCCGCGAAGUGGUCCUCAAGGGUCCGAGUGGACCGCGGAGAACCAACAGAGCCUGCAUAGAAGCAGAGCGGUGGCCGCCGACAGGAAGGAAGCUGGUGACCGCGGUAUCGGCGCGCACUUGAGCUUCUCCGGCUCGAUCUCGAGGGGGAAGCUAAUUUUAAGACCGAUCUCGAGAGGACUCCCUCCGAUCUCUGUGAUGAUCAACGACCAUGGCGCCAGGAGCAACGACCCUGACGAGCCUGCUGCUACUGCUACUGCUGGCGAUUACGAGGUGCUCGACAGGCUUCGCGAGCACCCAGCCUUCGUUCACCAAGGUCCUGAAGAGUGUCCGGCUGCCAGGCGGCUAUAUGGAGCUGAUCCAAGAGGAGCACUGCUCGCACGGCGUCGUCCGGCUCACCUGCAGGUCCCUGAAAGCGUUCAUAUUCAUCGUCGAAGCGGAUUACCUGCCGAACCUCACUCAUAUCUGCGGACGUGACACGCAGAAGCUGCUGCCGAAGGGGAUGUCCUUGAAGAGAGGUAGCGCGGAGCUGAAGAACAAGAGGCUCAAGGGGAAUUACGUCGAGGACCCCGAGCAGGAAGGGGUGCGCGCGGUGGAUAUCCGGGAAUCGGUGAAUAGGAGAUGUUCUGGACAGAAGCAUUGUCCAUACCACUUCGUUACCGAUCAUCCGGGCGCUGCCUAUUGGAACCCUGCCGCUCUGCGACUGAAAUACGCCUGCAUUCCAGAGAGUUCCGUCAGAAAAUAUUGCAACGAGGAUCUGAAGGUGACGCAGGGCGAGGGUGGUUUCGUGAACUCACCCGGUUAUCCGCUUUACUACCUCGGCGAGAAUACAUGCGGAUGGACCUUCAGGUCCGCUCCUGGCCACAGGAUCGUCCUCACUUUCCACGACCUAGAUAUACGGGGACCGGAAGUGGACGGUAGCUGCGUGGACGUCGUCAGAGUGCGCGAAAGAGGAAGAACGCUGCUUGAGUAUUGCGGUACCGCGGCAGGUCUCAAGAUCCUCUCGGAUUCGAACGUGGUCACGCUCGACCUUGUCGCCUCGAAGAGGCUCUACACGGCCCGGGGAUUUUUCUUGCAAUAUCAAGUGUUGGGCUGUCCGGAUAUAUCAACACCAAAUGGAAGCUACAUAUUGAAUGGCACCCUGACAUCGAGGACGUUCCUCUGCAAAUUGGGUACCGUGUUUCCGGACAGCAACGAAAAGAUACGCAUACUCGAGUGCAAGAAUGGCAAGUGGAAUGAGAGCGCCAUCGACAUACCGAGCUGUAAAGCCACCUCGGCGGUGAUCCUGAAGUCGGAGCACGACCACCAUCAGUUGUCAACUCUGUCUGGAGACAAUAUCCUUGGCACAGGGGUUAGAAUCGGCCGGGGUGAGGACGCAGUCGCAGGCGGCACCAGGGAGAUUAUGGAUUCGUCGCAAUCAGCCAUGAUGAAGCAAUCGGACUACGUCGUAGAUGUUGUACUGCCGACCGUUCUAAUUGCGCUGCUGUUUGUUGGCAAUGCCAUCAUCGUCUACAUUAUCUUCCAGUACAGAAAAAGGAAAGUUCCACCGAUAGAGCAAGGCGAGGAAGUAGCUCUGCGCAACUUGGCGGAGAUGCCACCGGUGUGAUCCGCCUGUGACUUGACAAUUAAAAGUUCACAGUGCCAGCAAAAGACGUCAGCGAGGGAGCCUACGUUGCAGCUUUUUACUGGAAUGAUCUUUAAAAAUUGAUCUCGGGAGGCCUCGAUCAUUCUCUUGCAGUUUGGGACGUUUCAAGUCACAGGAAAAUGGCCGUCAAAGAGUCAGAUUUUUGAAAUUCGUGUUUAUCAUCGCGAUUAAAUGUUCUUCGCGGAAAGAGGAUCCUCGCCUACGAGAAAAACACGUGACGCAAUUAUAAACGGGAGACACUCACGAAAAAAGACUAUAUACGAAUGCGCUCGUUGUCGCAUAGAUUCGCUGUCAAUGUUAGAACUCGGGCGCCUAUAUUUAGUGCUGCCAUAAUUUGACAUACACACAACCAUACACACACACACAUACACUCACACACGCUCAUUUACGAUAAUGUAUUAUAAUAUAAGGAAAUAAUAUAUUCUAUAUUUCGUCCAAAUUGUGACUAAGUUAAGAAUAAACGGAUGUUUUCUUAAUAUCUCUGUCUCUUUCCCUUUUAUCGUAUAUUCUCGUGUAAUGUAGAUUGGUGUGCAAGGUUUCGAUCUGGAAGAUAAAUUCUGUUUACUUUAAUCUGAAAGCAAGACAACUUCCGAAAUUGUUGAGAGGAGAAAUAAUGGAAUUAAAGUAAAAAUGGACUUAUUUUAUUACAUUAGUAAAUAUACAUUUAUAUAUACAUACUUAAAUAUACACAGUUGCGAAUACUAUAUUAGUUCAGAAGUACUUCUGCAAUGGUUCUCCUAGGAUUUCUUCGAGUGUGCGCACGGCGUUCUGUGCGUGUUUCUCUGUAGCUUCAUCCUCAUCUUCCAGUAACUCUGCUAAGAAAGGUAUGGUCUCCGGUAACAGCGGCAUGAAGUCUUCUCCUAACUUCCUUACAAUCUC